AGGCGCCGGGUUGUUCCUGCCAUGGGCUCGGGCCCCAUCGACCCCAAGGAGCUGCUCAAGGGCCUCGAUUGCUUCCUGGGCCGCGAUGGAGAGGUCAAGAGCGCCGAGGGAAUCGCCAAGAUCUUCAGCCUAAUGAAGGACUCGCAGAAGAUGGUGAGUCGCUGCAUCUACCUGAACAUCCUCCUGCAGACGCGGGCGCAGGAGAUCCUGGUCAAGUUCAUCCGCAUCGGGGGGUACAAGCUGCUCAACGCCUGGCUCACCAGCUCCAAAGCCGCCAACAACGUCCCAUUCCUACAGCAGCUUCUGCUCACCCUGCAGCACCUCCCGCUCACCGUCGACCACCUCAAGCAGAACAACACAGCCAAGCUGGUGAAGCAGCUCAGCAAAUCCAGCGACGAUGAAGAGCUGCGCCGUCUCGCCUCCAUCCUGGUCAGCGACUGGAUGGGCGUCAUCCGCUCGCAGAGCAGCGCGCAGCCGGCCGAACGCGACAAGAAAAAGCGCAAAGAGGAAACCAAAAGCAAAACACCCGCGCAGGAGAAGCCCCAAGAAACCAAAACCGAGGCGAAAACGGAGGAAAUUCCCGAAAAGAAGCGGGAGAAACCCAAAUCGCAGCGAACCACAGCGCCCAGCCACGCCAAAUUCCGCUCCACCGGCCUGGAGAUGGAGACGCCCUCGUUAGCGCCCGUGAAGAAGAUGAACUCGUCAGCGACCGCCGAUAAAUACAACCUGAAACCCAUGCCCAUCAAGAGGCAGAACGUCUCGUCCCUGCCCGGGGACGCUCCCCCCGCCGAGAAGAAAUACAAACCGCUCAACACGGCGCCCAACGCCGCCAAGGAGAUCAAGGUCAAGAUCAUCCCGCCCCAGCCCAUGGAAGGGCUCGGCUUCCUCGACGCCCUCAACUCCGCCCCCAUCCCCGGCAUCAAAAUCAAGAAGAAGAAGAAAGUCUUGUCCCCAACGGCCACCAAGCCCAGCCCCUUUGAGGGGAAAUCGCUGCCUGAGGCCUCGGCCCCCAAACCCGCGUCCCCGGAGCCCAACGCACCCGAGGGCACGGACAGCGAGCGCCCGGGGACGCCCGUGCCGCCCGUCGAGGUGCUGGAGCCCAUGGACACCGGUUCGUCCGACGCGCCCGGGGACACCAAAAUGGGUGAAAAUGUGUCGGAAAGCGGCCCGGCCGCCAAAAAGGGCCGGAAACGGAAAACCGUCAGCUGGCCCGAGGAGAACAAACUGCGCGAGUACUUCUACUUCGAGCUGGACGAGACCGAGAGAGUGAACGUGAACAAGAUCAAGGACUUUGGGGAGGCGGCCAAGCGGGAGCUGCUGAAGGACCGCGAGGCCUUUGAGACGGCGCGGCGCCUGAGCCACGACAGCAUGGAGGAGAAGGUGCCCUGGAACCCCCCCCGGGCGCUGGCGCUGCCCCCGCCCCUCGUGCCCCCCGGCAGCGGCAGCCGCGAGCGCUUCACGCAGGCCGAGCGCGAGAAGGGGAUCCUGCAGGAGAUCUUCCUGUCCAAGGAGAGCGUCCCCGACAGCCCCCACGAGCCCGAUCCCGAGCCCUACGAGCCGCUGCCCCCCAAGUUGAUCCCGCUGGACGAGGACGGCUCCGGCGAGGAGGCGGCAGCGGAUCCCGGCGGCGCCGCGUCCCCGGACCCCGGCGGCUCCAAAUUGCCGCCCGUGCUGGCCAACCUGAUGGGCAGCGUGGGGGGGGGCAAAGCCAACCCCCCCGGCCCCGCCGGCCCCGGCCCCAUCAACAUGCAGGACAUCCUCAGCUCCAUCAUGGGGGGGCCCAGCCCCCACAAGGCCGAGGAGCUGCUGAAACAGCCCGACUACUCCGAGAAGAUCAAACACUUGCUGGGAAACCUGCAGGGACCCGGGCCCGGAGGAGGUGAGGGGACAACGGGGACAUCGGGGACAAUGGGGACAUUGGGGGCUGGGGACACAGGGGGGUAUUUGGGACAUGGGGGACAUUGA